CAUUGCAGCGACUAUACUGAUCAAUACGCAUUCAUGUCAUUUAUUUUUGCACUUCUCCAAAAUGGGUAUCGCUAGGUAUACGCUCUGGGCUGUUUUUCUGUUAUUCUCUCGCGAAGCAUUGGGAAAAUUGGUCGGAGGGUGGCAGUACGUCGACCCCGAUGAUGGCAACAUUCAAAAAUUGGCAAGAUUCGCUGUAGAUGAAAUUAAUUCAAGGCGAAAUGACUACUUCAAGACCAAGCUGGUGGAAAUUCGACAAGCUCAAGAGCAGGUUGUUGCUGGAACUCUGUAUCGUAUGAACAUCACCAUCUGGAACACACUUUGCACCAAGAGUGAUGCCGUCACUGACCUGGAAGACUGCAAGUUCAACCCUAAGGAAAAGAAGGAGCGGUGCACCCUGAGUGUAUUGGUGGUGCCCUGGCAGAAGAGGAGAAGUUUGGAAGGAUUCGAUUGCACAAAAGAAACCGACAAGGUCUUUGACAGUUAUCCCUACUACCAGGAAUUUGAAGAUUUCAGACAGAAGUUCAGCCGCCGCUAUGAAAAGAAUGAUGAAGAAUAUGUUAAGAGGUACUACCUCUUCAGUGACAACAUGGAGAGAGUGCGUGUCUACAAUGAGAACGAGAGGGGCACUGCAACCUACGGUGCUACCAAGUUUGCCGAUCUUCACCCUAACGAGUUUAAAGAGAUGUACACAGGCCUCAAGAGGACGGCCAAGUCUCCUCCACAAGAUGACCUCCAACAGGCCAAGAUCCCGAGUGGCCCCACCCCAGCCAGCUUUGAUUGGCGGACCCGGGGCGCCGUGACCCCCGUCAAGAACCAGGGGCAGUGCGGGUCCUGCUGGGCUUUCUCCACCACGGGAAACAUCGAGGGACAGUGGGCGCUCGCAAAAGGGAACCUGGUGUCCCUCUCUGAACAACAACUGGUGGACUGCGACAAGGUGGAUGAAGGGUGUGAUGGGGGCUUGCCAAGUAAUGCAUACCAGGCAACCAUUAAGAUGGGCGGUCUAGAGACCGAGACUGAAUAUCCCUACAAGGCAGAAGAUGAAAAGUGUGAGCUAGACAAGAAGGACAUCACAGUUUACAUCAACAGCUCCGUGAAGAUCUCCUCCAACGAAGAAGAGAUGGCCAAGUGGACGGCCAGCAAUGGUCCCAUAUCCAUCGGCAUCAAUGCUGCUGCAAUGCAAUUCUACUUCGGCGGUGUUUCUCACCCCUGGAGGAUCUUCUGUAACCCCAAGUCGCUGGACCACGGGGUGCUGAUUGUGGGCUAUGGCACAAAGCCUGGAAUCCUGUGGGGCAAGAACCCCUAUUGGAUCAUCAAGAACAGCUGGGGAGCUGACUGGGGUGUAAAUGGCUAUUAUCUCGCAUACCGUGGCGAUGGUGUGUGUGGGCUGAACACCAUGUGCACUUCUGCUGUCGUCAACUAAUCCUCGACGUUCCUUUCAUAAAGAGCUUCGGGGGUAAUGACAAGAGCUAGUGAUGCGCAUAAACAAUUUCAUUACUGUUCCAGACCAUAAAUAUUCGAGGUGCAGAUUUUUUAGCGGAGGUGGAUGUCCAAUGAAUAUGGCUGAUCAGAUUUCUCCUUCAAACAAUUUUGCCAUAGAACUUUGAAUGACAAAGUAGCAACUUUUGCAAAAAGCGUAUUCCGCUCAUUCUUAUGGGAUUUUGCAUUUCCAUUGUAAUCCUAACAGGUCGUUUUAAAAGGUGGAUUUGUUUUGAAAGGACAAUUUCUUUGGCUCCGAUCAUUAAUUUGUUUCUGUUCAGUGAAAUAACACCUCAGUGGCCUUGCUUCAUAAAUAUACAAACAUUAAGUUUUAGUGAUUAUUACAUUGAUAUAGAAUAUGAACAACUCUGCAGUGUCCAGGAAAUCGCAACAGUAGACAAACUAGCAGCAAGAAGUAAUUCUACCUGGAAGUUGCGUCUGUUUAAUGAAUAUUCCUUGUAAUCUCACUUCUCACGUCAUUUAAUCAAGUGUUAUUGUUACUCCUUUAUGAAUAGUCAAGAUAUUAAUGGUGAUGGCAUGUAGCUAGAGAGAAGUAUUGUUUUGUUAUGAAGUUUUGAUAUACUUGUACAUGUAUCUACAAAGUGACUAGGCUGUACAAUUUUAUUGAAUAAGUUGAGAAUGUGAUUUUUGUAAAGGGAAGGACGUUUUCAAAUGGCAAUUAUGGACGAAAAGAUUGUGUAUAAUGGUACGUGUGUGAUCAGUUUUCCCAUUUUUCACUGCUAGUAUUUUAACCUACAUAUUAAUUUCAUGUACUAGAUCUUCUUGAACUGUUUUGUGCAUCUAGAGUUCCCACAAUUAAAUGUGAUGUACAUGUAGUUCUUUCCUCGGCACAAAUGUCAUUCUACAUCUGAUUGUAGGGUAGUUCGGCACAUAUUUUCUACAGUAAUUCCAGAGAUCGAAGUUUUAUGUUAGAUUUGUUUAGUUACAGGCGACGAAGUGAUAAAGUGUAUUGGAAUGUAGUUGGGUACUUUCUGCAGGAUGUGGGCCUCAUCACACAGUUAUUAGGGUAAUUUGGAUGCAGCUGAAGUGAAUUGUGUGAAAAUCCAAGUGAGUUGUUUGAAUAUUUUUUUCAAUUAUGAAGAAUGUCUCCUGAAAUUGUUCAAACUCGUUGUUGCUGGUCAGUUUCCUUCUUCAGAUUGGAUAGAGCCAGGGGUGUGAGUAUUCACCUUUUUAGCUAAUUUCGGCUCCUUUUAUUCAAAUGUUUACUCUGGAUGUACAAAAUUAUUGGAACCUUCUAAACAUUAUUUCUGGGUGCUUACAUUCACCUGUAGGUACCCACAUUCCAGUGAAGCACCUUUUGUUGUGUGAGGUGGUCUCAAAAUGAAUGUUGCAAACCCUAGUAGAGAGUCCUUUUCUACUUGUCCAUCUGUACGGCAACUGAAAUGUUGGAGUAUAGUUUGGUAGCAUACUAAACCGUUGUACUUAGGGUGAAGAUUAUUAAAUCUUUAUAUAUUCAGAGGGAAUUAGUCACAGAA